AAAUCAGAUGCAGCUUGGCCUUCAUCUUUGCCUAUAAAUUCAAACCAAUAUUGCAAGAAACAAGCAAUCAAAGCAAACAGACACGAGCAUUUCAGAACUCAUGACCUCAAAGACUCUUCUCUUUGCAGUUGUCUUGUUGAUGAUUGCUUCUGCAUCCUCAGCACAAGCUCAGCUCCUUGGUCUCAGUCAGCUGCUCAUCAAUGGCACAGUUCAUUGCAGCGUUGGCCCUGGUUCAGCCAACACUGCUGUGUUCCCAAAUGCUGGAGUGCAGCUACAGUGUGGAAGCAAUGUAGUUUCAACUACAACUACAAACUCGAACGGAGCCUUCAGUAUGCAACUGAGCUUCAUAUAUAACUUCUCUUUUGUCGACACUCUUGAACAAUUGCAAGCUAGUAGUCACAACUCCUCUCUCCACCUGCGAUGCUCCGCUCCCAACUAGUGGACUGCUUCAGUCAGCUCUCCAACUGCUUAAUGGU